AUGCUGGAGCGGGCCGUGCUGGAGGGCCACGCGCUGCAGCUGUGGGAGCUUCCGGCCCGCCUCCACGGCAAUGAGGCGCUGCUGCGCGAUUUUUUUGUGCGACACUUCGACCGCACGCCAGCGUCUCGCAUCAAAACAGUUGCGUUCGGUGGCAGCGACGAUGAAGACGAGAAUAACCACAGCAACGGGGGCGGUGGGAGGCGCAGCAAAUCGCUUCGUGUGGGUGGAGAGGCGAUAGUGGAGUUCUUUGAGGAGGACGGUGUGAAGCAUGUGUUGUCGCGCAUUAUUCAGCACGAGUUACUCGAGCGGGAUGAGGCGAGUCACAUUGAGCUGCGGCGCGGGUUUGUCUACCUGGGUCACGACCGUCUGCUGGUGGAGGGUGUCGUGCAUCUGGUGCAAUUGCCAGAUGCCUCUGACAGCACCGCGGCGGCGGCAGCGGUGGGGGGUGGCGCGGCACAGCAUCGCGGUUUUCCUGCGGCACCGCAGCGUGAAGGAGGUGCUGCCAGUCGUACCGAUGGUGGCACAAGAAAGAAUCUCAUGGAGAAGAAUGACUGGAGCACCGAGGAGGACAAUGAUGACGACGACGACGACGACGAGGAAGAGGAUGAUAACGAAUAUGAUGAGGAGGAAAAGGAAGGCGGCAAGGAGGAGAGGCACGCGGCGGUGAAGAGAGUCGCGUCGCUCCAGCAGGAGAGGCCGGCGGGAGGGGCGUGUGCCGUUGUGCUCUGCAUGACGUUUGUGUGCACGUUUAAUCGCCACCGCCGCGACUCUGCUCGGUCACACGAGGGCGAGAAUGACUUUGGCGUCACGCCUCAUGUUAUCUUUCAGUUGUUGCGCGGCACCUGCCUUGUCCGCAAGGUUGUUAUGUUCCGCCGCGACUCCACACAUGAGGGUGGUGGUGGCAGUGGCACUACCGCGGCCAACGGCAACGCGAACCGCCAGAUGGUGCGGGCGCUUGUUGAGGUGGGUGAUGAGGAGGAGGCGAAGCGCGUGGUGAACGCCUUCCACGCCACAACACUGGAGCUGGCGUGCCCUGCACCAAACGAAAAUGAGACAGAGUUCCGUUGUCGUGUGUAUACACGAUACGACGAUGACGCUCGCGCAAACAGACAGCUCGCUGUGCCAGUGAACACGCAUUCGGCACUCUGCGUGACGCCGCAGAACCUCGCGAUGAUGGGCUCCACGUUCCGGCGCUGCAGAUACGACGAAGACGCGCACGGCGGCGACAGGAUGGAAGGAGGUGCCGCGGCGGCGCGUGAUCUGGUGCAUGGCGGGUGGCAACACCGCGAGGAUGGUGCCACACGGCACAAUGAUGGCGAGGAAGAUGACGGCCACGACCGCGGCAGAAGGCGCCGCGAGCGGUCGAGUGAGGAGCGGCACCGUCACCGGCGACGGCGACGGCACUCCCACGAGCGGCGAAAGCAUAGUUCGUCGCGGCACCGUAGCCGAAAUCGCGAUUCCCGCAGGCGAAGUCCCAGCAAUGAGGAUAUGCACGGGGCGCAUCGCCGGUCAGCGUUAGCGACAAUACCGGACGCCAGUAGCCAUCAUGGAUAUCUCUACCCGCACCAGCAGUAUCGGGAGCAGCAGCAGCAGCAACAACGGCAGCAUCAGCAACAAGAACAGGAGCAACAACUACAACUACAACAGCGGCAACCUACAAAGGAGGUGCUCCCGCCCGGGUGGCGCGCUGUCUACUCGGAGCAGUACCAGAGGAUGUACUACGUGCACCGCGACCCGGUGACGGGUGUGGAGGUGUCCUCGUGGGAGGUGACGCCCAUGCCGUGA